AUGCAUGACCAGAUCCACGCAUAUCGGGCCAACCAUGAAUGGUUUCUCGAGUCACAGAUGUCGCAAACAACUCAUGACCUCGUUGUCAUGUUCAAGGAGAAGCUCAAACGAAGAAAACCGCGUGGAAAAGCCAGUGAACCUGACGUGAACGGCGUGAACUCGUUGCAGAAAGACGUCUCUAUGCGCAGCGAGGAGUCUGAGCCGCGACGGUCCUUCACCGACCCCGUGCGCACGUCGAUCGACAGCAUGUCACAUUCAAACCGACCGGGCAGUCGAGAUCCAAACUCAAAUUUCCAGGCUGACAGGGCUACCCGCAGCUCCUCAGAGUGGCGGAGAGAUGCUUUGACCACACUGGCACGUAACAUGGACAUGAAUAUGCAGGCGCCACAAUACCGAAGGCAACGCCAAGCGCUGCUACGUACUGAGCAGUCCGAAGCAUGGUACGCAAAGGCUAAGUCAGCUGCCUCGCAAAGCGAACUGGAAGCCGGGAAGAUUAUUGUCAAGGUCCGCGAGCACGAACGUAGAGAUCCGAAUCUGUUUGGAAACCUGCCUAGUGAGGCUGUUCCGGACGUGCAAUCGCGGGACAUGGGUGGCCGGUUCCUUGUGAAUCUGGACCGCAUCAACAUGAGCGCCAUCUGCGCUAUUGCGCAGCGGAUGCCGAAAGGUGCUCACCAGCAUCUGCACUUCAACUCUGAAAUUCCGCCGGAUGUUCUCUUCCCUCACGCGAGGAGUCCAGACGUGCAAGACACGAUGUUCAUUCGCAGCACCGUACCUCUGACGGGACCUGAAAACUUCAGAGACUGUGAGAUCGUCUUCAACGUCUUCCCGAAAUAUAUGAUCUCAGCGGACUGCUUCUCUCCGUCCUAUAAUCCUAAUGCCAAGGACCCUAACAAUUGUCCGUGGAUGUUGUGGAGGGUAUUCCGUGAGGCAUUUCCUGAGCGCAUGGCACCUGCUGGACCUGACAACCUCGAUGCCGCCGAACGAUGGGCGCGCUCGAAGAUGGUCAUCAGUGUCGAACAUACGUACGGAGACAGGACUACCCACAACAGCUCCUGGGCAUGCUUCAACCAAAGCACGCGAGCUUUCAAGGGUUUGGUUGGCUACGAAGGCGUCUAUCGUUGGUACAUUGGCCAUGCAAUCGACAGCAUGAUUAAGGACAAGGUCAUGUACGCUGAGCUACGACCUAUGCUACUCGAUAAGGCAAUACCAUCAAAUGACGGACUUCGCAAGCUCGACUUGAAAGAACAAAUGAGCAUCAUCUGCGAAGAGAUUGUCAAGAAGCGGAAGGAGCUGGAGGCCAGAAACGAGCUCGACAAGUUCCCUUUCGGCAUCAAGAUCAUCUAUUGUACGCCGCGAAGCAUACCACUUGCGAAGAUGAAGACCGAACUCGAAGACUGUAUUCAACUCAAGCUCCAGUUCCCAGACUUGAUCUGCGGUUUCGACCUGGUCGGCGCAGAAGACCGUCCGAACUGCAUCAAAUUCUAUGCCGACCUCCUCCUCGCUUUCCAACAAACAUGCAAGGAACUAGACAUCAGCAUUCCCUUCAUGUUCCAUGCUGGUGAGACACUCAUCGACACCGGCGGCUCCUCCGACCCUGAGAACAGCAACCUAUACGACUCCCUCCUCCUCAACGCCAAGCGCAUCGGUCACGGCUACGCCCUCCUCAAACACCCCCACCUCGUGGAGAAGUACAAGCAGCAGAACAUCUGCCUCGAACUCUGCCCCAUCUCCAACGAGCUCCUCCAUCUCUGCGGCAAUGCCCGCGAACAUCCUUACCCGCAACUCCUCGCUGCAGGCUUGCACUGUACCCUAAACGCCGACAACCCUUCCCUUUUCAGAGGCGCUUCAACCGUCAGCUCAUCCCUCUCCUACGAGUUCUACCAAGUCAUGGUCGGCGACCCGCGCAUGAACAUCCAUGGCUGGAAGCAGUUGGCUGAGUGGAGCUUGGAGCAUAGCUGUUUGAGUUCCGAGGAGAUUUACCAUGCAAAGGCGAUCUACGCUCGUGAGUGGGAGGCGUUCUGUCAGUGGGUGGUGGAUGAGUAUGGUGGGUAUGUUAGUACUCUUGAUGAUUUGCCUUGA